AUGAUCCACAUUGCUCCCAAGUCGGUUGCGUCUGACUCUGGGACCACCGCCACAUCGCCCCCAUUUUCUCCGUUUUCGCCGGCUACAAGUGUGGCGAGCGACAACACAGGCACGUCCGAUGACCACUCGACAGAGCCCGCCGACUUGGGCGCCUUUCAGUCGGUGUUCCGGGCCUUGUCUCAACUCCAGGUUUCCCAUCCGCCUCGUACUAUGACGUCCCUCGCUACUAUUCCUGCCGUUGAAGAAGACGAUGAUGAUGAUGACGACGACACAGACCGGAACUUCAACUCGGACGACGAUAGCGACCGCUGGGCAUCCGCACUCGAUGAUGAGCAGGAUGUAGAGGGCGAGGAUGUGGUCACCCCCAGUCGGGACCAACAUCAUAAGUUUGAAUCGUCUGAUACUGAAGGAGCAAGCAGUAAGAACACCGACGAGAGCUCAGACGAACAAGUUGCUGCUGCGUAUACGUACGAUGUUGAGAGUGCCGUUGAAGCCGAGGACAGCCGAACUAUUUGGAACCACGAACCGAUCGCGUCUUACCUUGUUAGCGCCGCCACCCCAGCUCCGGACCGUCAAGCCGCUAAAUUGAGGCAGCUUGGUGGAGAAUAUGGCUCCAGGGGCGGAAGGGGAACGUAUGUUGAUGCCGACCAAUCGGUCCCUACCAGUUUCACAAUUACCCACGAAGCACUUCUUAGCCAGACGCACGCACUCGCUGAACAGACAUUUGUACAACCGCCAGUUCAACCUCAAACAUAUAGUACGGAAGAAUCAUCUCCUGCUCCUUAUUAUACUACAAGCCGUCGGGCGGCAUCAGGUCUUCCCCCUGUAUACAUCCCACCUACGUCGACCGUCCCACUCAACCAACACGUCCCUCGCACACCCGGGCCAGGGGAUCCCAACCUUGGCGCUCUCGAACAAGCUCUCGAGUUUUUGGCCGCAGAACGCACGCGUGUGGCGAGCCAACUUGAUUCCUCUAUCGAAGAAUAUGCCUAUCGUACGACUGAAGGCAAACGCCGCAGACGCAAGCGCAAAAAAGGCGUGCGAGACGAACCCCCAGUCCCACCGGGCGUGACACUCGCGCUCGCCCGGUCCACGUCAAACCUUCAUUUGAACAAGGUCCCCACCCCCGUGCGAAGCGGAAACAGCAACAAUUCUGGGUCAGCACACGAAAGAACCGACACGGCUGUGCCUUCUCCCUCGGAAGGAACGUCAUUUUCUUCCUCGUCUGCGGAUCCGAGAAACGUGCGCAGGUCAUACUUGCAUGAUGCGACGGAGGUCCCGCCUGUCCCCGCCCUUCGUCAGCAACAACGUCGUCCGAGCACCGGGACUGCUUACUCCGCCGGACCAGGGAUCAGUUCGAACAUGUUGGCGCAUGAGAUUAUUGCUUCGUAUAGUGUUCCGACUCCCCCGCCUACAGGCCGUCGCGGGGCUCGUCGUACUCAGGGGCGCGGGAACAGCGUAGAGAUACAGCAAGUGCCUGCAUACGCGCCUCGUAUACCAGGCUACGAUCCUCGAAACGCCCCACCCGUCGAUCCUCGUGUACAAUCGAUCGGGCAACGUUUGAACGGUGGAUCAGGGUCCGGGUCGUCUCCUACGAAUAUGGAACAGCAGAACGGAGAGAACAAGGUCGCUCGGCUAAGGAUGUUGGCCAAUACACUUGCAAGGCAUUUCCCUGAGGACGCAGGCGCUCUUAGGAGAGCUGCUGAAGGCGGAGGAGGGACUGGAUUUGAGCGGCAAGAGAACUUGUUGUAUGUGUUUGUUGAUCACUCUAAUAUUUUGGUUGGUUUCCUCGAAUAUUUAAAGAAGAACCCGCAAUUGCUUCGCCCCUCGGUCGGAUCUCCCAGACGCCUGAAGCCCAAGAUCUUGCAUACCGCGCUGGUACUCCUGCUUGAACGUGGUCGACCAUGCGCACGUCGAAUCCUGGUUGCCAGCUCCCCGUUGCACCAGCCCCUGGAUGGGGUUGUUGGGAUGGGGUAUGAAGUGAGCGUUCUCCAACGGGUCGAAAUUAAGGAAGGAGAUGGUGCAUCGCCUUCGCCUCGUCCACGACGACCAGGGGAAAUCGGUUCGAGCGAAGACGAUAGGAAUAACCCCGGCGCCCCUUCUCUGGCACGUACCAACUCAUCAGCUCGCAAGACUCCAAACCAUCGGCGCACGCCAUCCGACAAUAGUCGUCCGCGUUAUCGAGAAGAAGCCGUCGAUGAAUUACUCCAGCUCAAACUCUUGCAGACCAUCUUGGACACUCCACCCGCGACAAUUGUACUCGCUACGGGCGACGGCGCGUCUUCCCAGUUCAACCCUGACGGAUUUGUUGGAUGCGUCAGGCGCGCGGUCGAGCGUGGGUGGACAGUUGAGCUUGUCGGAUGGGAAGAAGGCGUCAGUCGGGCAUGGCGUGAACUUGAAAGGGACGUCGCGGGCAGAGGUCCCAGGGCCAAGGGAGGGUUCAGGAUCGUUGGACUCGAGCGGUGGGUUGGCGAGUUAAUUGAUUUGUAG